UUUUUGAGGCCUUAAUUAUUUGGGGCCUAAGGCAAGCCCUAGAGCCGCCCUUGCAGCAAAGCAUGGCAGAGCAAAUCCUGAGCUUAGGAGUCCUCAUAGAUAUUGUGGAUGAGGAAUGGAUGCGAGAUACUUUGCCUGAAGAUGAUCUCCCAUUACCACCCGUACUACUUCCAAAGACUGACGACAAUGAAGACUCAAAUCAAGAGGCUCAAAAAGUUGAUGGGGAUACAUGGCAUGACCUUGCAUUGGGAAAUCCAUGACAUUAACGAUCAAGCUUGUGAAUUGGAUUUCCAAAGAUUGUCAAUUUGUCGUCAUUUGUAAGUAAAUUGCAAGUAUUGCUAGUCAUGUACUUGAUUAGCAUUGAACGUCGUAUCAAAACUAAUUUCAACUGAUCGUUCUCUCGAUAUGUUUGUCAAUGGUCAUCUUUGGAGUGAUCCACUUAGUAGUCCUGGCAAUCUAUGCUCUCUAGUGGGUAAUAGAUCCAGGAAUGCUAGCAUGUUAGUGGAUGUUAAGGUCAUUCCUCCUGAUAGUUCAUACCAAAUUGACUGUCUUGUUGUAUUUGUAAUUUUACUAUAUAUAUGGCAUAAAUUUUACUAUUUGGCAGUUUAUAUACGUAGAAACGAAACUCAGAUGUAUCAGAACUGUCAAGAUAUAAAAGAUGCAACCUUCUGCAUUUGCAACA